GGCAGGCUGACACUCUCACAAAGAGAGAAAUUUUCCAGGAGACAGAGCAGAAUGAGUCCAGGAGGCCGAAAAUCUACCAGAAGGGAAACAACCAAAGAAAGAGCCAGUUGCCAUAAAAUGCUAUAAAAUAUGAUAAAUCACUUGCCAGAGGGAACACGGGAAUCUAUGAAUGCACAGAGCAAAGACAGCUCACAUGGUCUGGCAUCAAGAAAGAGGAGCAGUAAGAGUUAGGCAGAGGGAGCUGGGGCGGAUAAGCACUGACACCUUCCAGGGAGGCCAGGACCCACGAUCAGGUUUGACAAAAGGAGGAAGAGAAGGGCGUGAGUGAAAGCAGAAGGCCGGGCCAGGGAAAGAGUGAGGAUCCUGGCAGCUCCAGCGUGGGAACUGCUUUCUCUCUGCACCUCUGCCUGUUGACGGAAGCCUUGCUCAGGCCUCCAGGAAGAUGCGCGGCCGGUUUCUGAGGCAGCUGCUGGCUGAGGAGAGCCGACAUUCCACGGCCGUGGGGCGCCUCCUGCUGCCUGUGCUCCUGGGAUUUCGCCUGGCGCUGCUGGCUGCCAGUGGGCCUGGAGUCUUCAGUGACGAGUACAGUGAAUUCGAGUGUAACACGCUGAUGCCAGGCUGCAAGUCCACCUGCUAUAAUACCUUACAUCCCAUUUCUCCUCUACGCUUCUGGGCCUUCCAAGUCAUUUUAGUGGCUGUACCCAGCGCCCUCUACAUGGUUUUCGUCCUGUAUCAAGUGAUCUGGCAUUGGGAAGAACCAGGAAAGGUGAAGAAGGAGGAAGAGACCUUGAUCUACCAAAGGGACAGCAGUAGAGAUGCCUUAGGGGCUGGAAGCUCGAGGCUGCUCUGGGCCUAUGUGGCACAGCUGGGUGCACGACUCAUCCUUGAGGGGGUGACCCUGGGGGUUCAGUACCAUCUAUAUGGGUUCCAGGUGCCCAGAUUAUCUCAAUGUAAAACAGACCCAUGCCCCCAUCAGGUAGAGUGCCUCCAUUCCCGCCCCUCUGAGAAGACCAUCUUCCUAAAGGCCAUGUUUGGGGUCAGUGGGCUCUGUCUCUUCUUUACGCUUCUGGAGCUUGUGCUUCUGGGUCUGGGGAGACGGUGUGAUCGCCUGAGGAACUUCCUGGGUGUGUCCUCUUCCCCUAGUCAUGCUCUCCCCUUGGACAGCGUAAGGAAACUCCAGGAGACACCAUGAUCGACUUUGCCUGGCCAGCUUCGGUGCUUCAGACCAAGUGAAUAGGGGUGGCAUCUCCUGACCUCCCCAGCCAGUGGGCAUGGCCAAGUGGAUGUGCCAAAGCAAUCUCUCCCUUGGGAAUCUGCAUUUGGAGUUAGCAAGAGCUACAGUCUCUGCCAGGGGUGUGAACAGAGAAGAGGAGAAAUCUGCAUGUGCUCGGCAAACAUUUUCCACCACAGAUAAGUGGAGGAAAUGCCUGGUGCAGCUGGCAGAGAAAACUGAAUUCAGUAAACGAGAAAUCAGAUAGAAGCGAUCACGCAGGCUGGGGGUGGAGGGCCACAGGGAGUAGGGCUGUGAUGGUGGUUUGGCAUGUCUUGGCCAUUGACAACUUUCCAAUUUCUGGACCCACACCCCUAAGGAUUCCUUUGCUUUCCUGGAUAAGAUCCAAGGUGUAUAUUAAAUAAACUCCUAUUUGCUUUUGC